AUGAAGCUACCUAGCAGGGUAGGGAAGGCCCCUUCCCCAUCUGACUUUCUGGAUAAACUCAUGGGAAGGACAUCUGGGUAUGAUGCCCGCAUUAGACCCAACUUCAAAGGUCCUCCUGUGAAUGUCACCAUCAACCUGUUCAUCAACAGCUUUGGGUCCAUCACAGAAACCACUAUGGACUAUCGGCUUAAUGUGUUUCUACGGCAACAAUGGAAUGACCCACGACUGGCCUAUAAGGAGUACCCUGAUGACUCUCUGGACCUGGAUCCUUCCAUGUUGGACUCCAUCUGGAAACCUGACCUUUUCUUUGCCAAUGAAAAAGGGGCAAACUUUCACGAAGUCACCACAGACAACAAACUGCUGCGGAUAUUCCAAAAUGGGAAUGUCCUCUACAGUAUCAGGUUAACUCUGAUCCUGUCCUGCCCUAUGGAUCUGAUUAACUUCCCUAUGGACAUUCAGACAUGCUCUAUGCAGCUGGAAAGCUUUGGCUACACCAUGAAUGACCUGUGUUUCCAGUGGCUGGACAUUGGCCCUGUGCAGGUGGCUGAUGACCUGAUGCUUCCUCAGUUUGUGUUGAAGGAGGAGAAAGACUUGGGCUACUGCACCAAACACUACAACACAGGUAAAUUCGCCUGCAUCGAGGUAAAGUUUCACCUGGAGAGACAAAUGGGUUACUACCUGAUCCAGAUGUACAUCCCCAGCCUGCUAACCGUCAUCCUCUCCUGGGUCUCCUUCUGGAUCAACAUGGAUGCGGCCCCAGCUAGAGUGGGCCUUGGUAUCACCACAGUGCUCACCAUGACAACACAAAGCUCUGGGUCCAGGGCAUCCUUGCCUAAGGUGUCUUAUGUGAAGGCCAUUGAUAUCUGGAUGGCUGUGUGUCUUCUUUUUGUGUUUGCUGCACUGCUGGAGUAUGCAGCAGUAAACUUUGUCUCACGACAGCACAAAGAGUUCUUCAGACUGAGGAAAAAGAUCAAAGAACAACAGAGGCAGAGAACUGUGAGUACGAGACCCUGUGCAGCCCACUCCCUCAGGCUGCUGUCACCUGCUAUUCCCUCAUUGCCCUGUUAUGCAGCACAGGGAAGUGGAACUGGUGAGAGCAGCAAAGUCAAAGGUAACAACGUACCAGGCAACAACACCUGCCAGGGGACCUUGUCUGGCCCUCAGCAGUGCAGUGUCUGUGCCAGGGAGCAGGAACUGGCAGAGCAGAGUCAGGCCUAUUUUCUCCAUAGUUAUGGAGCAGCAGAAGAUGCACCACCAGAGAUGGACGCCCCAAUCUUUCAGGCCUUACCUCCUGGGUUUCCACUGUAUGACAUCCGCAGGCGGUUUGUAGAUCGGGCAAAAAGGAUUGACACUAUUUCCAGGGCUGUGUUCCCUCUGAGUUUCCUUUGCUUCAAUGUUUUCUAUUGGCUCACGUACAAAGUGCUACGGAAUGAAGCAAUCCAAGCUACUCUGUGACAAA